UUUAUUUUUUCUUUAUUUUUUUUUUCUGUGACAUUUCGUUGCAAAUCCUUCUGUAGAUCUGUAAGUUAUUAUGUCUCUUGUGCUAGAAUUCAUGGCUUUGCGCUGCGCACAAUGCGUUGAAUUUUAGUGUAUGUUUAGAAUUGUGCGUGUGUGUGUGUGUGUGUUUCUUUUUGAUUUUGGUAAUCCUUGUUACUUGAUUUCUCGUUGCUUGAUUGGAGAGGUUUCAGAGUAGUCGGAUCUUGCUCGUUUUAGGGUUGGAUGUAUUGGAUUAGAGCUUGCGUAGUUGGGGGAAGUGGUAUUGAGGUGCAUUUGAUCGAUUAGGGCUGGAUCUCUCGGUCUAUACUGCGGUUUUAGCUGUAAUCGAAUUGGUUGAGGUGAGAAUUCGGAUUUGUUCUUCGGGUUUGGUGUGAAUUUGGGGGGGCGUAUUUAGGGUUUAAAAGAUGGCUCCCAAUCCUCCUCCAUUUCAGGUGGAGGAUCAGACAGAUGAAGAAUUCUUUGAUAAAUUGGUGGAAGAUGAGUAUGUGGAGGGCGAUGAUUCAGGAUCCAAAUUCCUCGAUGGAAAUGAUUCUGACGAUGCCAAGGCGUUUUCUAAUCUGAGUAUGAAUGAUGCAGACAAUACAUUCAAGGAUUCUGGUGGUGUUGGUGACCAUGGGCAUGAAGCCAUAGUGGAGAAGGGCUUCGUGGAGGCUGAUCCAGGGGCAUUGGGAGCACAUGCAGAAGAGAAGGCUGCUUUGGUUUCUUCUAAUUCUGUAGGGGGUAAUGAUGGUUUUGGAUCAGAGUCGACCUCCGAUUCGUUGGCAGGCAAGAGCGGUGAAUCUGGUGGUCCGGCCAUUAAGGAGGUAGGAUGGAGUUCGUUUCAUGCUGGUUCAUCGCAAAAUUGGGGACAGGGGUUUGGAUCAUAUUCGGAUUUUUUCAAUGAUUUGGGUAACAAUGAGGCAGGGCCUCUCAGUGGGUCCUUGGAGAAUAAUUUGAAUGGUGAAACGAUGGUUAAAUCUAGUGCAAAAGAGAACCAUGCAAACAACUCUGUUAAUUAUGUGCCAUAUCAAAAUGAUCAUCAAGUUUAUGAAGGAUCCACAGAUCAAGUUUCGGCUGAGAAUGAUUUAAGUAGCAGUCAGCAGUGGGAAGAUCUCUAUCCAGGGUGGAAAUAUGAUUCGGUUUCAGGACAAUGGUAUCAAGUAGAGAACUCUGUUGCAGCGGCGAACGUCCAAGCUACCUUUGAUAGUAAUUUGAACGGCGAAUGGCCUGAUGUUUCUGCCACAAAAACAGAGGUGGCGUAUUUACAAACUGCUCAGUCUGUUGUUGGCACUGUAACUGAGACUAGCACGACAGAGGGUGUUUCUAACUUGAAUCAUGUAUCACAAGGAAAUAUUGGGUACCCUGAACAUAUGUAUUUCGAUCCUCAGUACCCCGGUUGGUAUUACGACACAAUUUCUCAAGUAUGGUGCUCCUUGGAAUCCUAUAAUUCAUCAAUUAAAACAACUAAUGGAGCUCAGCAUAAUCAAAAUGAGCAUGUAUCAGCUUAUAGCUAUAAUUAUGGCAACAGUAGUAUGUAUGGUGAUAAUGUGCAGCCUAACGAAUAUGGAUCGAGCGAUGUGAAUAAUCAAGGCCUAGAUGACAAAUUGAUAGGGUCUCGCCAUAAUGAAAAUCAACAGAGUUUGACUAGCUGGCCAACAGAAAGUGUUUCAUCUCAGGCUGAGCCAACUUUUGGUGGAAAGCAGCUAGUGGAUACGUCUUCAAGUCCUGAUUUUUCUGUAAGAAAUGAGCAGCAGAAGUCUAUUAGUUCUUAUGGAACAGUUCCAUCAUAUUUCCAACCAAGUCAGGGUCGUAGUGACGUCAAUGGACCUACCAGCUUAAAUAGCUUCCCCUCAACUAUGGAUUAUGGCCAUCAGGUUCAUCAGGAAAAUUCGAAGGAACAUGAACAUUUGUCUCUAUCGAGUGACUAUUAUAGCAAUCAGAAACAGGUGACUAAUAUUCAACAAUCUUUUCACGGAGGUCAUCAGUCUUCUUAUGCUUCAAAUGUUGGAAGAUCUUCUGCUGGACGUCCUCCACAUGCAUUGGUAACAUUUGGAUUUGGAGGUAAACUUGUAGUGGUGAAAGAAAGCAGCUCGUUUCGAAACUCAACUUAUGGUAGUCAGGAUCCUGUUGGAGGCACAAUUUCUGUCCUGAACAUGAUGGAAGUUGUCAUGGGUAACACUAGUGCCUACGCUAUUGGCAAUGAUGUUGGUGCAAGCGAUUACUUCAGUGCUCUCUGCCAACAUUCCUUUCCUGGUCCAUUAGUUGGUGGAAGUGUGGGGAAUAAAGAGUUGCAGAAAUGGAUUGAUGAAAGGAUUGCAAAUUGUGAAUCAUCAGGAAUGGAUUACAGAAAAGGCGAAGCAUUGAGGCUGCUUCUUAAUUUGCUUAAGAUAUGCCAUCAGCAUUACGGGAAACUUCGAUCACCAUUUGGCACAGACACUGUGUUGGGGGAAAGUGAUAAUCCAGAAUCAGCAGUUGCCAAUCUUUUUGCUUCGGCCAAGGAGAAUGGUGUGCAAUUCAAUAAUUAUCAUUCGCUUAGUCACUGCUUUCAAAUAUUGCCUUCUGAAGGACAAAUACGGGCAACUGCUUCUGAGGUUCAAAGUCAUCUAGUAUCUGGUAGAAAAAAAGAGGCUUUACAAUGUGCACAAGAGGGUCAGUUAUGGGGACCUGCCCUUGUUCUUGCUUCACAACUUGGCAACCAGUUUUACAUUGAUACUGUAAAGCAAAUGGCUCUUAAGCAAUUGGUACCUGGAUCGCCUUUGCGGACACUAUGCCUGCUUAUAGCUGGCCAACCAGCAGAAGUCUUUUCUACAGUUACAACGCCUAACAUCAAUCCUCUGGGUGGUAGCAUGGCUCAAAACUCUUCACAGUUUUCUGCAAAUAGUAUGCUGGAUGAUUGGGAAGAAAAUUUAGCAGUGAUAACUGCCAACAGGACAAAAGAUGAUGAACUUGUAAUUAUUCACCUUGGAGACUCCUUAUGGAAGGAAAGGAGUGAGAUAACUGCUGCUCACAUUUGCUAUUUAGUUGCCGAGGCGAACUUUGAGUCAUAUUCAGACAGUGCUAGACUCUGUCUUAUUGGAGCUGAUCACUGGAAAUUUCCUCGUACCUAUGCUAGCCCAGAGGCUAUCCAGAGAACUGAAUUAUACGAAUACUCCAAAGUUCUUGGAAACUCUCAGUUCAUCCUUCUACCAUUUCAGCCAUAUAAGCUCAUAUAUGCAUACAUGUUAGCAGAAGUGGGGAAAGUUUCAGACUCAUUGAAGUAUUGCCAAGCAGUUUUGAAGUCACUUAAAACUGGUCGUGCACCUGAAGUUGAAACAUGGAAGCAGUUGCUGUUUUCUCUUGAGGAGAGGAUUAGAGCACAUCAACAGGGUGGAUACACAGCAAAUUUGGCCCCUGCAAAAUUAGUCGGAAAACUGCUCAACUUUUUUGACAGUACCGCCCAUCGUGUUGUCGGGGGCUUGCCGCCUCCUAUACCAUCAACUUCACAUGGCAAUAUUCAUGAUAACGAACAUUAUCAUGAGCCAGUGGUCCCGAGAGUAUCAACUAGUCAGUCAACAAUGGCGAUGUCAUCGUUAAUUCCAUCUGCUUCGAUGGAGCCCAUAAGUGAGCGGACUGCCGAUAGCAGUAAGAUGACAGUUUCAAACAGGAGUGUUUCAGAGCCAGAUUUUGGAAGAACUCCAAGACAGAAUCAGAUCAGUUCUUCAAAGGAAUCAAUGUCAGCUGAUAGUCAAGGCAAAACAUCAGAUUCAAGAGCAUCUCGUUUUACUCGUUUUGGUUUUGGUUCACAAUUGUUGCAAAAGACUGUUGGAUUAGUCUUGAGACCUCGCCUGGGUCGACAGGCGAAAUUGGGUGACAAGAACAAAUUUUAUUAUGAUGAAAAGCUGAAGAGAUGGGUCGAGGAAGGUGCCGAGUCUCCAGCAGAAGAGCCAGCCUUACCACCACCUCCUACAACUACAACAUUCCAGAAUGGUGGUGCUGAUUACAACUUGAGAUCUACACUAAAGAAAGAAGCACCAUCCCAUGAUGGAAAUGUGGAGUUUGCAAGUCCCAAUCCUAUUCCUGCAGAAAAUAGUUCCGGAAUCCCCCCUAUCCCGCCAAGUUCAAACCAAUUCUCAGCUCGUGGACGGAUGGGCGUUCGUUCAAGGUAUGUUGACACCUUCAACCAAGGGAGUGGGAGCUCAGCAAACUUGUUUCAGUCACCUUCCGUUCCAUCAAUUAAGCCGAAGGUUGCUGCCAGUGCGAAAUUCUUUGUUCCAAGUCCCGCAUUGCCAGCCGAACCGACAGAGGAGACUAUACCGGAAUCCUCUCAGGAAGACACUACAACCAUUGAACAUCCUUCAACAUCCACCACAAACGAUUCAUUUUCUAGUCCCUCAUCAACUAUGCCUAUGCAAAGGUUCCCUAGCUUGGGAAACAUCUCAGUGAAGGGUGCAAAUAAAAGUGUCAAUGGGCCCUUUGCAGCAGAUAACUCCCGACGAACUGUAUCAUGGAGCGGUGCAAACUUCAGUGAUGCCUUAAGCCCCCCUCAUAUACCGUCGGGGCUUAAACCUCUUAGCGAAGAAUUGGGUAUGCCCCCGUCCUCUUUUAUGCCUAGCGAACCACCACCACCACCACCACCUUUUGUCCAAGCACCAAUUAAUGGCGGUGGUGGCAUGGGAGAUGACCUCCAUGAGGUGGAACUUUAAGUAGUUAACAUGUAAAUACGAAGUUUUGUUCCUUAGUUGACCCACACAGAUACUCGAAUACAAUCGUCGCGCCUGCAUCUCUCCAGCAUAAAAAGAUCGGUCGUCGUAUGCACCAGAAUAUAGAGCUCAUCAAAGCAAGUCCUCAGCAAGUAUGUGCCCUUUUUGUUUUCUCUGAAAUCUCUUUGUUCCCAACCCUGAAAUUUACGAACACUAAUAUAGUCCACAAUCAUCUCUAUAUGCUUUAUAUGCUUUAGAUGUGAGUUCAUUUUACUCUCCUAGGAGUUACCAAUGUAUGAUACUUCUGGAGCUGGUAUUUUACGUUAAAAGCAAAGACAGAAGGCCUUUGUUGGCACCAUUGUACAGCUCUUUUGUUUAUUAA